AAGAGGAGGAACAGGGUGUGAAGACAAGCCUCUCAGGGCUCGGGGGGUAAGCAUCCAAAGCCAGCUGGCCUGGCUUUGAGAUAAAUCAAUGGAUGGAGUGACACAAGACUAGAAAGAAAGGGAAGAGUUGUAGAGUGAGGUAAAAGGCAAGAUAAAGAAAACAAAAUACGUGCAGGAAGAAAGGUGGAGACUGGAACAGCAGAUUCUUUGAAGGCAUUUGCGCGACAACAGGACAUCUUUUCCAAGGAGGACAAAACACCAGAGAGCUGAAAGCCAAGGAUGCAUUGAGUGCACAAUAAAAAGAUAGCUGCAGAAUAUUCUGGUCCAAUAAAGAGGAUAGUGUUUCUUUGAUUGUUUGAUCGCGGUGUGGUCCUGUGAAGAGCAGAGAGUGUGCUGAGAAGAGUGAACGAGAGUACUCAAGAAGAGAAACUGUUGCACAAUGUACUAGGGGAGUGGGAGAAGAAAGCGUGUUGUUUCGAUACUGUUGAGGUGUCUGAAAGAGCAGAAAGGACACAGCCAUGGGGCGGAAGAAGAUACAGAUCACCAGGAUCAUGGAUGAGAGGAACAGGCAGGUUACCUUCACAAAGAGGAAGUUCGGCUUGAUGAAAAAGGCCUACGAGCUGAGCGUACUAUGUGACUGUGAGAUAGCCCUCAUCAUUUUCAACAGCUCUAACAAACUGUUCCAGUACGCCAGCACAGACAUGGACAAAGUGUUGCUGAAAUACACGGAGUACAACGAGCCCCACGAGAGCAGAACCAACUCUGAUAUUGUGGAGGCGCUAAACAAGAAAGAACACAGAGGUUGUGAUAGCCCGGACCCUGAUGCCUCAUAUGUCCUCACUCCUCAUACUGAAGAAAAGUAUAAAAAAAUUAAUGAGGAGUUUGAUAAUAUGAUGAGAAAUCAUAAAAUCCCCACAGCUUUGCCUCAGCAGAACUUCUCCAUGCAUGUGGCAGUGCCGGUAUCCAAUCCUAAUGUCAUGUACCAGGCGGGGGGGAGUCUGGGCAGCCAGGCCCUGGCAGCAGCCGCGGGCUCUCUGAGCGAGAGUGGGAUGCUGUCGCCUCCACAGGCCUCUCUGCACAGGAAUGUUGGCUCAGGUGGAGGUUCUCAGAGGCCCACCGGUGCAAGCAGCGCAGGUGACAUGCUGGAUACCACAGACCUUUCAGUGCCAAGUGGUGCGGGCUCCAGCCCAGCGGGGAAUGGCUUUGUCAACCCCAGGGGCUCGCCGGGCCUCCUCAGCACACCCAGCGGCAACGGCUUGGGUAAAGUCAUGCCCACCAAGUCUCCGCCACCCCCUGGAGGGAACAUGGGUAUGGGAGGCCGCAAGCCAGACCUGAGGGUUGUUAUCCCGCCAUCAAGCAAGGGGAUGAUGCCCCCUUUGUCGGAGGAGGAGGAAAUGGAGUUGAACACCCAGAGGAUAAGCAGUUCCCAAUCCGCCCAGCCGCUUGCCACUCCUGUUGUGUCUGUUACCACCCCCAGCUUACCCCCACAGGGUCUGGUCUACUCAGGCAUGCCCACCUCCUACAAUCCUCCUGAGUACUCCCUGAGCAGUGCAGAGAUCGCUUCCCUACAGGGCUUCAACUCUCCUGGGCUCUCUCUGGGCUCCAUGUCGGCAUGGCAACAGCAUCAACUAGGCCAGGCAGCUCUUAAUUCUUUGGUUGGUGGAGGUCACCUACCUCAGGGCUCCAACCUAUCCAUCAACACCAGCCAGAGCAUAAACAUCAAGUCCGAGCCCAUAUCACCGCCGCGGGAGCGAGUCAGCUCAUCUGGCUUUCCCCAGCAACAACAGCCGCAGCAAAGGUCAAGCCGACAGGAAGUUCUGGGACGUUCACCUGCCGACAGCCUCAGCUCGUCUUGUAGCUCGUAUGACGGCAGCGACCGCGAGGACCACCGGCCAGACUUCCACUCCCCGCUGGGGCUCGGAAGGCCCCCUGCUGGCUCGGAGGACAGGGAGAGCCCAUCGGUCAAGCGCUUGCGCAUGGACACGUGGGUGACAUAAAGAGCCCUGACCAAGCCUCCAGUCACCAGCUAGUCAGAGAGAGAGAGAGAGAGGGAGGGGUUAGACAUGGGGAGCUACCAUUAUGAUACUAUUAUUAAACUCCACUUCAAUUUGUAAGACUGAGAUAUAAUGUUAUAAGACGUGUCAGGACAUAUCUAAGGUAAAUUCUCAAACUAAGACAGUAAGAUUUAAAAAAAGAAAAAAAAUCAGUUGGCUGGACUGAAUUAUGUGCACAAGCAGGUGAUAUCAGGUACUGAUGGCAUCGGCAGGAGGAAGGUGUUCACAGAGAUUUGUGAAACUUUAGGCAGUAGAUUUAUCUAGUCACUGGUGUAGUCAGACUUACAUGUAGUUGCUAUAUUGCUGUUGUGCUUGCAAAUUUGCAAACAAUCAAAGAAAGUUGUGUGUUGCUUUCAGGCUGAGGACACUCUCAAUACAACGUUUAAUGGAAAAGCUAUCUUUAAAACAAUGCUGUAACCACACAGGACCUUUUCUCUCAAGUGGCCUCUUCUAAUGCAUCGAUCCUUUCAAUCAGGAGACACAGAGCACACGGUCUUAUUGUUACCAAGGAACUUUGAUAAUACAUUAAAUAAUCACCUAAAACGUUUCAAGUGGACUCAUGAAACAAUAACGUGGGGGGUGGGGUGGGGGGGGUGUAAACAAAACAGCAUCAGAAUUUAUUGCAAUAAUGAUGACAGUUCAUUCUAUAAAUCUAAAAGAGUAGGAAUAUAAAACAAGAGUAGAACUGCUGAGAAAGUCAUUGCGUCCACAAUUGUGUAAUUGUGUUAAGCCAAAGCUGGUUUUUGUGUUGUUUUGUACAGUUAUUAUGAUUUAAUAACAGUUCAGUCAAAUGCACCCAGUCUUUCAUAGUUUUAUUUUCUAUUAUGCUCUGUUGCUCUGUCAGAUCUUGAAUUAUUAAUAUUUAAAGCCAUGAACAUUUGCUGUUCUGUUUUUACAAUUGAAAAUUUGAGCCAAACAUUGUCUUUUUGUUGUGUAAAUAGCGACUUUAAUAUAUAUUAUCAGGAUGUGAGUUCAUGGUCCAUAUACUGUAUGAUCACCGUUUUAAAGAAAAAAGUAUAUUUUUGUGGUUUACAGCCGAGUUUACAAGAGUGGACCCUUAAAAAGUAGACAAUUCACUGGUCAAUAUCUUCUGUUUCGGUCACAUUCUACAAAAAUGAAAUUCUCAACACGACCUCCCGUGUGUUUUUAGUUUCAGAUGGUCAAUUUGUUUUCGUCUUUAUAAGUGGAGAUUGUUCAGUGUCCUAAAGACAAUGUAACAGCAAUGCUGUGAGGAUGAAGUUCCACUAUUUUCAUUAUAUGAUCGCAAGGUUAGGGGGAAAUGGGGUUUCUUGCCACCCAUUGUGUUUGCUGUAAACCAGCAGGUGCUGAAUACACUGCCACCAUUCAAAUCCAAGGUCCUAUUCCCACAUCGGAGAAUAAUCUAUUGUUAUUGCAUGUAGCUCAACUGAAAGCCCCUUCCACUAUCCUGUUAUUGGCUAAUGGGAUUUGAGUGGAGGACAUAAGCAUGGCUGAAAUGGCUGGGGACCUUAAGACAAAACUGAUAAUUCUUGUGCCCACAUGAGGUUGUAAAUGUCACUGUCUAAAAAUACUUGUGUUUCCGUAAUUGGCUUCAGAAAUCACAUCACAUACCCAUGCCCUUUUAGUGAGAGUACUUCUGUAGGAGCCUCAUGGGCCAGAAAAGUGAAAUGAAAUGAAGACGUUGGGGUAAAAUGGCACAGAGCCUGUGCCGCUACUCUCUAUGGGGGAGGAGAAUAAAAGGGGCUGUGACUUUAUUCUCCAUCAUGACAAACACAAAUCACAUAGCAGCUAAAAUGCAAUCCAACAAUACUGACUUCAAUCUCACGGCCGACAGGCACACAUUUCUGAAAGAAGUCUGCUGUACGAGACAAAUAUUGCUCUGCAUUCGCCAUUGCAUAUCUUGUGUGUGUUCAUGACAUACUCCGCCUCCGUCAUCAGCUUCAUGGUAGUUCUCCAUUGACGUCCACGUGGAUCUAUGCAGUUCCAGCCCCCAAUUCACAUUAUAUAUUAAGAAUAUGAUGUCAUUGCAAGUAAUAUUUGAUUUACAAUCCACCAGGAAGAAAAAUGUCAGACUGUUAGCCUCUUAUUCUGAAGUGCCACAGCUGGAAGUUACUGGACUACAAGCUUCAUAUAGUACAGCUCUUUAAUUUGUCUGAGCAGUCUCCUCAUGUUCAAAUAUAUUGGACAUAUAUAUAUACUUUAAGUAAUGUAUAAUAAUCAAUUUUGUAAUCCAGUGCAACACAGCAGGGGAAAAAAAGCAAUAAUAAAUGACCACAAAGAAAAAAAAUCAGCCUGUUUAGGCAGCAUCACCUCAUAGUUGAGCACAUAUUUAGCACUUGAUGACAUAUCAGGGAUUUUUGUAGUUGCUCUAUGGAAAUGCACAGAUAGGAAAUGCCUUAUCCCAAAGAGAAAGUGCACCAUCUUUAUUUUCUCUCAGUUAAAGACAGACAAUGCAAACCAUCACUCAAACCUCACCAGACCUGCCUCUUCUCAGAAUGGACUCACACAAGAGAAUGCGUGGUGAAUGCACUGUGAACACUUUGCUCUUUCGGUCCACGUCCAAGUUGUGCACAACUGAUGAAUGUGAAAGGAAAGGGUAAAUCAAUGAACCUCUGUCGAGGACUUUCUUCACUUUGCUGUGCAAGAGUACACCGCUUUCGCUUCAUGGCUUUUAUAAACAGAACUACGUGUUUGGUAAGUGUUUGUAGUUGAUAGCUCACUUAACUAAAGAAGCUGUUUCCGGUUUGAAUGCUCAGACCGUUUGGCGGCACAAGCUGGACUUUGUUGCCAACUAUGAAAUUAUUUGUUUCAAAAUCAAAAUAGAUUUUAAGUUAAUCUGCAUUUUGUUUCCCUUGAAUGUGUUAUUUUAUUUUCAACAUACAAUAAAUAUUCAAGUGAACUUUUUAUUAAACAAUUAAGAUACUAUGCUAGAUGUUGUACAAAAUUUGUAUUGUACACAAAAGUACAGAUAUUGGCUUUUAAUGUGUAAUUUAGUUUAUCUCUAUUAUUCUGUAUAAAAUGAAGUAAACAACUCUUUCAUAGAAUUUGUUCUCCUGUGAAGUCCCAAACAGUAGAAACUGUCAACUUUAUUAAACACCUCAGUGUAUGCUCAAA